ACUAUAAGGACAGAUGAAAGUAAGGAUUUUGAAACAUUUGUCAGUUUCUUUAUAAUUUCCAAGCCGUCAUUCUCCUUCAUUUAUUUUACAUUUAUCUGUUUAUUCAUAAAAGGCAAGCUCUGAACAUAUUGUAUAUCACUGGAAGAACGAGGUGGUGAUCUACAGGGAAAAAGUGAGAAACCUGGUUAAUAGCACAUCGAUGUUAUGGAAGUUCAAGACUUGCGAUUCUUGCCUAUUUCAAUGGCUAUUUGGACCUUCUUUGGGUUUAUGGUUUUAUAUGUUCUUACCAUCGUCAAUGGCCAUGCUGAGUCUUACUUCCUUUACAUCAGUGAAACUGGAGACUACUUUCCGGAGUCUGUCAUUUUUUUGGUUGUAUUUGUCGUUUCAGCAGUUCUUGAUGCGAUUUUGUCAUAUUGUAUGUACAGAUACUACGCCAUGAAGUCUUCAGAAAGUGAGCAUUGUUAUCCCCACCUACAGUGUACCAUCCUUGGACUUGGGUGGAUUGCCUGUGUUGGCACAGUAAUUGUUGCUUUAUUUCCGGCAUUAACUCAUCCCGUGCCACACAGGAUUGCUGCUGCCAUCUCAUUUUUAGGUAGUGCCAUACACAACACGUGCCAGGCCAUAUUCCUGUAUAAACUUUCAUUCAACAGCCGUUUUAUGUGCCAUCUAAGGCUGUCCAUCUCUAUUAUAACAGUCCUUUGUCUCACCACCUUUUUCCUCUCGUGUUCAAUAUGGUGGCAGAUCUGCUCCGGAAGUCUGUGUUUAGAUAUCAGUGGGAAAAUAGCCAUUGUAACAGAGUGGAUAGGAGCCGUUGGAAUUCUGGCCUACAAACUCACACACUAUACAGAUUUUCAGCAUCUGGCAUUUAAAUGGCAUUGUAAUUGCAGAGAGAAUUGGUUAUUUUUAAGAAAUACACAGCAAGAAAUCCAGAAUAACUCCGACUUGCAGGUUGCAAGAAAAAACGGAAUUUCUCAAAAAUGUAUGUCCCCAUUGUUUUACACUAAAACUGGGCAGCACUGUAGUGAAGAAGAAGGCCAGACCAUCAAAAAUGUACUCGAGGGCUAUUCCUCAUGAGCACUCCUUGCCCAUAUGAGACCAUUAAGUAAUUUGCCAAAUUCCAUGGACCUGAAGAAUAUCACGAACGAGGAAAGUGGAUACAGCAAAAGUCCCAUGUCCUUCAUUCUGUGGGCUAGGAGAGGUCUUCUUCAGAAGUUUCUAAGACACCCUAUCUUUUACUAUGAUUUUGUUUAACAUCUGAUCUUAAAAUAAAAUCUAAAA